CAAUUUCCCCAAAUUUUGCGAUUCUUGUCUUCUCUCCGACGUCUUCUUCUCGCACCGUCAGAAUCACUCAAGAUCGAAGAUUUCAACAGACCCAGUUGGUUCUUCUGUUAAGAAUAGAACAUGGCUUAUGAGAUAGAUGAGCAAAAGAAGAUUGGCUUAGGCCUCAUUGGUUUCGGUUUCUUUUUCACCUUUCUUGGUGUGAUUCUUUUUUUUGACAGAGGCUUGCUUGCUUUAGCAAAUUUGUUUUGUUUGGCAGGAGUAGCAAUUCUGCUAGGUUGGCGUUCUACCUUACAAUUGUUCACUAACAGAUCAAACUAUAAGGGUACAUUAUCCUUCCUUCUUGGGCUCUUCUUCAUAUUUUUUCGAUGGCCUGUAGUUGGUAUAAUAUUGGAAAUAUAUGGCUGCAUUAUGCUAUUUGGAGGUUUUUGGCCAUCUAUGAAGGUCUUCCUCUUUCAGAUUCCAAUACUUGGGUGGAUUUUUCAAUAUCCUGUUAUGUUUCUUGAUCAAAUGAGGAGGAUCUUCAGUUGACUGAAUAUUGACAUUGGUUAUAUAGUCUUGAUGGCACUAAGACUAUAGAAUGCUCAAGCUCCUGUUGUGUUUCAUCUUACAUAUCAAGCAAUGAAAGGGUUAAAGCAUUUUGAGCUUCUCACUGGCAAAAGGCAAGCUGCUUGCGUGGUUUCAUUAAUUUGGUGGGAUUUCCAGGUUUUUUUAUAACUAGUUUUUGUUGUUUUAGAUCACUUUACUUGAUAGGAAUUAAUAUUGAACUCUUAACUGUUACAAGGCCACAAUUUCUCCUAUCUUCCAAUUUUUUGUUGUUUCUAG